UUUCAUUGAGAUUCUGGAACUUCGUUGUGGUUUCUCUACAAGAUGACAAGGAAUAGUGAUAUAUCAAUUAACUUCCACAUGGGUGGAACGAUGGAUUGUCUGGAUGAAAAAUUAUGUUAUGUAGGUGGGUUAGUAGAGAAGGGAGUUAGAUUUGACUCAGAUUAUUUAUCAUGGUUUGUGUUUGAAGAUUAUGUAAGGUCUAGGAAUAUAUUAGCCCCAAUUCAUGAGAUGUGGUAUAAGUUACCACAUCAAAAUUUUGAGGAAUUGCAGAAAAUUGAAGAAGAUAUCGACUGGAGAAUUUAUGAAAUGUGUCAAAUUGCAAAAGGAGGAGGAGAAUUGGAUAUUUUCAUUGAUCACGAGUUAUCGGAAGAUGCUUCGUAUUCAAGGGUAUUCAUUGGGGGACCUUUGAUAGAUGAAGGAAGUGACUGGAAUGAGAAUGAGGGUUUGCAUAAGAAUGUUGUAGACGAUGAGGGGUUACAUGAGAAUAUUGUGGGUUUACAUGAGGUUGAUAUAGAUGGUGUAAAUGAUGAUCGUUUUGAGAGAUUGGUUAUAGAAGGGGCUACAGUAAAUGAUGAGGAGAGAAGAAAUGCAACGGAAUAUGUCAGUGAUGAUGAUGAUUUAGACAACGACGAUGUGUAUCCAGAUACGCCAUUAGGAUCUGAUAAUGAACGAGAUGAAACGUGUAAUCCUCAGCUAGAGAAGACUCAAUCUGGAACAAGAAGACAACCAUCUCUGGGGGAUCAUUUUUAUUUAGGUAAAACAUUCAGAUCUGGUGAAGAGUUCAGACAGACGUUAAUGCAGUAUGUUUUGGAUGAACAGUUUAACGUCCAAUUGUCUAGAUGGGAACAUGACAAAUAUGCUGUUGUUUGUAAGAACAAAGAUUGUUCAUGGCGAUUGUAUUGUUCAGUGGAGAAGCCAAUCAACAAAUGGAUGGUUAAAGUCUUGCAACCUGAUCACAACCAUAAACCGAAUGGACAUGCAUCAAUGUUGACUAUGAGGGAGAUAGCAAAGUUGUUCAUUGAUGAUCUCCGUAGAGAACCAGCUUACACGGCUGUGAAAAUGCAACAUCAGAUUAAAAAAAGGUAUAAUUUGACAGUUUCAAUUAGUAAAUGUUUCAAGGCGCGUCGUAUCGGGUUACAAAUGGUAACGGGGGAUCAAAAAACUCAGAUUGCAAAGCUUUGGGAUUAUGAAGCAGAGCUUCGAAGAUCGAAUCCUAAUACAUCAACAGAAAUUGGAACAACGGAUGAAGAUGAUCGUGGUGAAGAAGUCUUCGACAGAUUUUAUGUUUGUUUUGAAGUUCUCCGAACAUCAUGGAAACAAUUUUGUCGACCUGUGAUUGGUUUAGAUGGAUGUUUUCUCAAGUGGGAUUUAAAAGGUGAGCUUUUAGCAGCUGUGGGGAGGGAUGCCAACAACCGCAUCUACCCUAUUGCUUGGGCAGUGGUAAGGAUAGAAUCAAACGAUACACGGGCAUGGUUUAUUCGAAAAUUGAAAUCAGAUUUAUGCCUUGGAGAUGGAGAAAAGCUAACAAUAUUGUCAGACAAACAAAAGGGUUUAUUAAAUGCUAUUGAACAAGAGCUGCCACAUGCCGAGCAUCGUAUGUGUGCCCGACACAUAUACGCCAAUUGGAAGAAAACAUUCAAGGAUAUGGAGUUAAAACUAUUUUUCUGGAAAGCUGCACAAAGUUAUCAUCAAGGUGAUUACACUCAAACUAUGGAUGCAUUGAAAGCGGUAAACCCUUUGGCGCAUGAUGCAUUAAUUCGUACAGAACCACACCAUUGGGCCAGAGCGUUUUUUAAGAAGGAGUCUCAGUGCAGAGACGUGCACAACAAUUUAUCGGAGAGCUUCAACAAAUCCAUUAGAGAUGCACGAUCGAGACCGGUGGUUGAUAUGCUCGAAGAAAUUAGAAGACAAACGAUGGCUAGAAUCGCAAAGAGAUCAAAGGAUGCUGAAAAAUGUAUUACUGAAUUUAGUCCGAAAGCAAUGUCGGAAUUAGAACAAUCGCGGGACAGAUCUAGACAUUGUUUAGUUAUCCCGAGUGGCCAUGGUAGGUAUGAGGUAUUAGAGUUUGGGAUAAGUUAUGCAGUUAACCUUAGUGGAAACAGUUGUGCUUGUCGGAAAUGGGAUUUAACCGGUAUACCGUGCCAACAUGCUCUGUCUAUCAUCAAUGAACGACAGGAAAAUAUUUCUCGAUUUAUUUCGACAUAUCAUUCUAAAGCCAAUUGGGUAGCAACAUACGCAGGUAAUAUAUUACCUGUUAAUGGGGAACCAUUAUGGAAGAAAACUCUAAAAUUCCCAAUAGGUGUCCCGGAAGAUAAAAGAAUGCCCGGUCGACCGAAAAAGUUCAAUAGAAAGAAAGAUCCACAUGAGUCUCCGAGAAAAAGUGGACAGAUGACUCGUCAUGGAAGGAAGAUUACUUGCAAGCGAUGUCAACAAGUUGGCCACAAUUCUAAAACUUGUAAGAACGAUCCAGUUCAGACAUAUGGGCCACAAAGGGGGAGAGGUAGACCAAGAAAGUUACCGUUGGAAAGUGGACAACGACAAAAUAAGAAAGGAAAAACAUCAGCGAGUAUAUCCCAAACCGCAACAAACACUGUUAGUUCUAACCAAGGUACGAUACAUCCACCACAAUCAAAUCAGACAUCACAGGUGAUACGUCCACGUCUCGGCUUCCAGUUCCAUCGUCAAGUAAACACUAGUAGGAUGUUUCAAAUGCCACGACAGGUUUUCCAAUCUAAUCCAAGACAACCAGAUGGUUCUGCGUCUAGAAAAUCGUGAAGUCAUUUUAUUUUCCAAUCCAAUCCAAGACAACCAGA